AUGAAGACAUUGAUAGAGCCAAUCUCGCUGACGUCUUCCAACCCUACUGUGGCUGUAGCCCAAAAGUUUCAGCAGGAAUGGAGUGAAAGACGUGUGGAAGAGUUUGUUGAAUAUCACAUGAAGGGAGCUUCGCAGUACUUGACACGAAUCUUUAAUCACUUUGGAUUCUAUAUGGUUGCCAUUACGGAGGAUGAUGCUGAAGGCAUACGAAAGCACAAGCAAGCACUGAGUUCAGGCAUAGAAAAGGCACACCCAAAGGUCUUGGACAUUAGGAAGGCUAAAAGUCGUCAACCUCAAUCCGACCUGGAAAUGUUUUUUGGACUAGUAACCGAACAAUCCAGCAGCUUCAAUCGACUUCGAGUUGACUAUAGUGAAUCCAGUAUUAUGCAAAAGAUCGCCGACGAUGUCUUGGCUGUGCGUGUGAAGCAACUUAUAGAGCAGGACGGAAGUGUUGAGAGUGUUGAGGAUAUGAAUGGACUUCGUUUGCUUGCAGAAAAACUGCUUCCAGAACGUGUGGACGCAUUUCUGAAAAUAGAAGAUGAUGAAGAUCAAGCUAUGGCUUUGAUAGAGGAAAAGUACACACAAGGGAUAACAAUGAGUUACUUGUAUGGGUUUUCCUCACAUGUGGUCAAGGCUACUCAGACCGUUGUCUCGAGUGUGAGCGAAUUCUAUCGGGACAUCAAUCCGGCAACACUAUCAGGAGCAAUCGAUGUCGUAGUAGUGAAGCAAAAGAAUGGAGAGUUUGCUUGCUCGCCAUUCCAUGUACGAUUUGGAAAGCUGAAACUACUGACGCCAAGAGAGAAAGUGGUCGAAGUCACUGUCAAUGGCAAACCAGUCGAUGUUGCCAUGAAGCUGGGAGAGGCUGGUGAAGCCUUUUUCGUGAUAGAGACAGAGAAACCACCACCAUCGCAAUAUGCUACAUCACCUAUACCGCAUCCUCAAACAGAAAUCGAUGAUAGCGUUGAGCCAUUGGAUCUAGGAGCAUCUAUACAUGAAGCCACAGCCGCUGAAAAUGGUCUUCCGUCGGAUGCUGAUAUUGUAGUUGAAAAGACGUCUGUAUUGUCUACUGCAAUACGCAAUGCUAGUAGUAAUGAUUUGCCAGCUUUGGAAUCGCCGACAUCGCUGUCAGCUCGAGCUAUGGAGGAAGGUAGGAAUUCGCUUGAAGAGAAGAGAAGGCAUACACGGACUCUUUCUGGUCCUAUGCUUGAAGCAUCCAUCAAGGAUUUAGAUGCUUCAGAUCUAGAUUCUUUCGAAGUUGGGAGUCUACCCAAAUCGAGUAUGGCUAGUAUGCGAAAUCACACCCCAGCUGGACCGUUAAGUGAUGGUGGUUUGGAGUAUACGAAUACCAGUACUGCUGAGCCACACCAGUGGUCCUGGCAUUGGGGUGAUUUACCCACAAAAACCGAGUCUGAGACGACAGUAAUUGCUCCUACUGUGAUGAAACCGGAUGAGCUUACAAUCCUUGAUAAAGAUCCUCUGUCACUGUCAGAGAAGGUCAACAACUAUCUAGCGGCUCUACCUGAAGCACAGCAAACACGACCAAUCUCGCCAGAAAUGACUGCUAUUGACUUUAGUAAUGAGGUGGCAAUGCCUGGUAGAUACAAUAAUUAUAAUGAUAACGCAUCUAGUACCGUUACCUCACCACCAAACUCACCUCCACGUGCUCUGAUGGAAAGCACAGCGUUAGGAUUGAGAUCGGAAAGCAUGCCUCAAACAAUACCACUGACAACAAUACCAGUUCCAGUAACAACUCAACCACCAUCGUCACCACCGCUCAGUCCCGUAAUGCAAGCAAGUAUGCUUCCGCCUCCACGUUUAGAAGUGUCGACGUGUGGAUGGAAAAAUAUCCUUGCUGCUGCACCGCAAGCUGCAGAUGAUAUCUUCAAAACUCAUAAAGUCGACUUCCAGACAUUUUCGGCCAAUCCGUUACUCCUAGCAGAUCCACUCACUGUAUUUCGCAUAAACGGAAGAUAUUACAAUUGGGCAGUAGCUGGUCCACUUAUAGUUAGUUUGUCGGCAUUUGGUGAAUCAUUGGCUCCAGAAACGCUGGCAAAACUAGUGUCUCAGCAAGCUGGUAAAGAAGUGGUACCAGAAGAAGCAGAUAAUAGGCGAUAUAGUCUGAGUCAAGGCUUUUCGCGAUGGUGGACUCGAGGGUCGACACCAACACUUACUAGUGGUUCGAUGCCACCACCUCUAACAGCAUCGAAUCCUGCACCAGCAUCUACACCAGCCAAGCAGCAGGGAGAGUUGGAUAACAAACCUGUGUCGCCUAUACCAGAAGAAGAUCAACACAAAUUUGGUAAACCAGCAAAUGAUGUAAAAAGUGUAUCACAUGAAGCUGGUGUUGCCAGAGCAAGAACUGAAUCGAAAACAUCAUCUGAAUCAAAGGUUCCAGAGUCAAAACAAGCAGCCGAAACUAGACAAUCUAUAGAACAUAAUUAUGCAAAGACGUUGAGAUUGACGUCUGAGCAACUGAAAGCUUUGGAUUUGAAACCUGGGUCCAACUCGGUGACGUUUACAGUCACUCAAGGCAAAGCCACGACCUCAUCUCAAAUAUUUUUAUGGAAUUACGAUGACAAAGUUGUCAUAUCCGAUAUUGAUGGCACGAUUACAAAAUCAGAUGCUUUAGGGCAUUUGUUUGCCGUGGUUGGUAGGGAUUGGACUCAUGCAGGCGUGGCGGGUCUGUAUACCAAUAUCCGCAACAAUGGAUAUCAGAUCCUGUAUUUGACAAGUCGCGCCAUCGGACAAGCCUCAUAUACUAGAGAGUAUUUAAAGGCCGUGAGCCAAGGAUCGUAUACGUUACCGCCUGGCCCGGUCAUAAUGUCACCUGAUCGACUGUUUACGGCCUUACACAGAGAGGUCAUUAUGCGUAAACCAGAAGAAUUUAAGAUUGCCUGUUUACGUGACAUCAAAAGGCUCUUUGGUGAAGGCAUCACUCCCUUUUACGCUGGGUUUGGAAACCGCAUCACAGAUGCAUUGUCGUAUCGAUCUGUCGAUGUGCCUCCAAGUAGGAUCUUUACGAUUGAUCCAACUGGAGAAAUCAGGUUGGAGUUGAUGGUCCAUUACAAGUCAUCAUAUGUAAAAUUGAAUGAUCUUGUUGAUCAAAUCUUUCCACCAUUGACGAAGUCUGUCGACACGGAUUUCAGCGACUACAACUUUUGGAAACAAGAGUUGAUAGACGUAGAUUUGGAUUUGGUAGUGCCUGAUGAAGAAACUUUUGAAGACGAAGAAGAUGAUCUUGAUCGCGGUGAUGGAGGCGAGAACGAAGGUGAUAGUGAUCACAGUGUGGAUGGUGAUGGCUUGGAAAAGUACCCAUUUAUAUAA